CCGAGCCCUCCCCCGCCUUUGAUCCGCAGGGCGCCCUGUCCUUUGAGCCUGGCGGCUCCCUCCGGGCUGGCACUCUCGCCUUGCGGGCUAGUGGGACCCUUCGGGGGCACUCUGGUCCCGUGGCCUCGCGGGCUCGGAAGCGGGCGGGCGACAUGCUGCGUCUGCUGGGGACCCGCUGCACCCGGGGCCUGGGGUCCAGCGUGCCUGCGCGUCCUGCCACCGGGCUCUGCCUCCCGGGACGCAGCCAGAGCCGCCGAGCCUCCGACAUGCCCCGGAACCACCCGCCCAGCCCCGAGUUGGUGGCCCGGUCGGUGGGCAUCUGCUCCAUGAUGCGCCUGCCCGUGCAGACGUCCCCGGAGGGGCUGGACGCUGCCUUCAUUGGGGUGCCCCUGGACAUUGGGACCUCCAACCGGCCCGGUGCGAGAUUCGGACCCCGACGCAUCCGGGAAGAAUCUGUGAUGCUCCGGACAGUCAAUCCUAGCACGGGGGCCCUGCCCUUCCAGUCCCUCACAGUAGCUGACCUGGGCGAUGUGAAUGUCAAUCUUUACAACCUUCAGGACAGCUGCCGGCUAAUUCAAGAAGCCUAUCAGAAGAUAGUAGCAGCUGGUUGUGUUCCUCUGACCUUGGGUGGAGAUCACACAAUCACGUAUCCCAUAUUGCAAGCACUGGCAAAAAAGUAUGGCCCUGUGGGGCUGCUGCAUGUGGACGCCCACCUGGACACUGCCGACAAGGCCCUGGGGGAGAAGCUCUACCAUGGGACACCCUUCCGGCGGUGCGUGGAGGAGGGCCUCCUGGACUGUCAGCGGGUGGUGCAGAUUGGCAUCCGGGGCUCUUCCAUGACCCUGGAUCCCUACAGAUACAACAGGAACCAGGGCUUCCGUGUGGUCCUGGCUGAAGACUGCUGGAUGAAGUCGCUGGUCCCUCUGAUGGCGGAGGUCCGGCAGCAGAUGGGAGGCAAACCCCUUUACAUCAGCUUUGAUAUUGACGCCUUGGAUCCUGCCUAUGCCCCGGGGACAGGGACGCCUGAAAUUGCUGGUCUCACCCCUAGUCAGGCUCUGGAGGUCAUCCGGGGCUGUCAGGGCCUAAACGUGGUGGGCUGUGAUCUUGUGGAGGUUUCCCCGCUGUACGAUCUCUCUGGGCCUUAUGCAUGUGAGGCAAGCCCUCUACCAACGAGCUCUAAGGAAUACAGCCCUCCUGGCGGCUAACCUGCUGUUUGAGAUGCUGUGUGUUCUCCCCAAAGUGGCAACUGCCUGAACCUUGUCUCUUCUAGACAAAAUGGAAGCACUGCCGACCACUCCUCAGGAGCUUACUAGCGAGCAGUACUGAAGAGGGUAGGCCAGGACAGCUUGCUGCUCAGGGUCGUUGGUGGCUAUAGAACAAGGACAUUCAGAAUUCUAACCCAAACACAUUUCUAAGGGUUUCAAUUGACUUUAAAAACUGAGGCACUUGACACUGCUCAGAUUUUUUUUUCUUUGAUGAAAGAUGGAGGAGGAGAGGAAAUGGAGGGAGAAUUUCACUCAAGGUCAUCUAAAAAUGGGAUGAAGGAAUAAAAAAAAUUAUGAAAGGA